GGAGACGCCCCGUCGCACACAUGGAGGAAAAAGAGAAAAAAGGCUGUUUUUGGAAGUGAGGGAAAAUAAAGGAGGCCGGGAACAUGGACUCGGAAUCACUGGACGGCUGCAUUCAGAGUACGUUAUCAGCACUCUACCCUCCAUUUGAGGCUACCGCAGCCACUGUUCUGUGCCAAGUUUUUGAUGUGGUGGAGAAGACGUACCGUGGGGAUGGACUGCACUACCUCAUAGACUUCCUGAUUCCAGCCAAGCACAUCCUGCAGUGCAUUCAGCAGGAUGCCUGUGCUCCGUACUGCGGAUUGCUGUUUCGCCAUGCAGGCUGGCCCCUGUGUAUUCAAGAGAAGAUUGUAAUCCAGCUAGCUUCUAUUGACUGGCAAAUCUUGAAGCCUGGUGACUUCUACCUGCAGGUGGUCCCUUCUCUGAAGAAGCCUCCACGAAUUGUAGUGAAAUGUUUGGGAAAAGAUAAGCAUAAUGUAGAAGAAGUGGUGAUUCCAGAAGUUUCAUAUACCUCUAUUUUUACUCUGGAAUGGUUGAGUACAUUCAAUGGAGAGCGGAUGGGCAUAGCACUGGAAAAUUGUUUACUAACCACUGAUGACAAAAUAUUUCGUGUCCCCUGGGAUAAAGUGGUUAAUCCUGAAUUUAUAAAUAAACCAAAAAUAAUUGAAAACAAUAUCAUCUCUCCAGAAAUAACAGAGGAACGUUCAAUUUUGUGCCUCCCCACAGACCAUACUGAGUGCAGUUCACCAGACCUGAGGUCUCAGUAUCUACAGGAACUAAGCCCAAAUCAAGACAGCCCUGUCAUUAGCAACACAGCUCCACAGUUAAAGGAAGCUCUGUUCAAUGGUGUCUUUACAAGUCCUGUGACUCAAGAGAACUUGGAAAGUGACCUGGAAGGGGAGUACGUUGAGCUGGCAGAAGUUUCACUGCCCAGGUUUGUGCCACAAAGAGGAUCUUUAACCCAGUCACGGUCAUUAAGUUAUCUAACUCAGCCCAGGGCACGAGUGAAUGAGUCUAAAGGCAAGCACAGGUUUAUUGUCAUACAAGACAGCACCUACUCCAAGAACUUAAUUCAGUCAGCACUUAUGCAGAAGGAGCACUGUCAAAUGGACACUCUGAGCACUUCUACAGAAGUUUUCAAAAAUGUUACUCCAUUGGAAGGCAACAAAGUGAUGGCACAUAGAGAACAGUCUCCAGAAGGUCAGCUGCCACUGGUUGAUCCUGGAGGUAUGGGUGAUAACAUUCCUGUGAUUGAGCCUCCUGCUUGCCAUGCAGAAGAUUCAUCUGCAGAGCAGGAGACUCACAGUGAACACUCACUGGAUUGGCAAUACGCACCGUGCAGCUGCAGUGAUGUGUGUGCUGGAGAUGCUGUUUGCUGCAAAGCACAAGUGCCUGGUGUCCCUGGAAACAUGGAGGGAGAAAAUGAUGGACUUAGUGGAAAUGCUGGUGUUGAAACAUCGGAGCAGGGCCCAGAAGUGAUUCUAGAUGCUACUGCUGCUAAAGAGGAAGUGAUGCUGGGAGUACACACAGAACCACUGACUGAGGAUCAAAAGGAGGUGACACUGAUGGAUGCUUCUAUAUCUGUCCUAGGACCUUUGGAACCAUGUUGCACAAUAAAGGAAGGUUCUGAUGUCUCUUGCCAGGGUGUCAGUGGAAGUGUUGAGCCAGUGCAGGUCACUGCAUUGCCUGAGAAUUCAGAUGUGGGUGGGGAGAGAGGCUCUCCUUCAGGGAAUGUGGCAGAUGUAAGUGCUUGCUGCAGCAAUAACAAAACAAAUACCAGUUAUCCAUUAAAUCCUCCAGAAGAGAACCUAGGAAAUGUAGACAAAUUUGAGGUGGGAAGAAGGGACAGCCAAGAGGAAAUGAAAGAGUCUAAAGAGAUGUUGACUGUAAAUGAAAAUCAGACUAGUCACAGUCACUGUUCUGUGAAAGCUCCAGCAGAUGGAAUCAUGUCAGAUGGUGAAGAGCAAGAGCAUAAAAAGGCUGAAGAAGCUGUACUACUCCAAACUGCCCUGUCAGCAGAGGGGAAUCAGAUGGCAGAACAACUAAAUAACAGUGACUUGUUGGCUCCUGAUGCACAAGAAGACUCAAGUUUGUCCAAAACCCGAAGGUCUGGAGGGAGGUUUGGGGAACCACAAAGACUGGUGAAAAACGAGGGCUGUGAAAAUGAAGAGAGCUCUGUGCUGAGCCUGGAGGGACAGGUGGAGAACCAGGAAAGUUCUUCUUACAGGGAAAGGUUGAAGACUACAGCCUCAAAAACACUGGAAUCCAUUGAAGAGGAAUUGGAGGGUGGACCACUGUCUUCAGGACCUGCUGAGGGCCAUACAGAACCUACCACUCUGCACUCCCAGCCAGAGACAGCUUCUGGGGCAUCAGCUCCUAAAGGGGUGAUGUCAGAAGAGACAGAGAUGAGAAAAGAGGCAACUGGCACAGGUGUGUUGAAACCAGUGAGUAAAAGCAGUGACCUGGAGGAAACUUCACCACCUGUUACUCCACCAACAUCCCCAACUUCUGGAACUGCCUGGGGUGGUCAGUUUGCACCUACCAUAGUCAAGGAUGUGAACCCAGAAGUGCUCAGGAGUGGAGUUGCCUAUCUGCCUGGUACAAGAGACAAAUCGGGACGUGCAGUGGCCAUAAUAACAACAAGGAGCACAGCCUGGCUAAACCCCCACUGCAAUACCACUGAGCUUGUACGCCUGCUUCAGUACUUGCAUAGCAUCCCAAGACCAGAAUGUCAGGCUUUGGGUCUCACUGUUCUUGUGGAUGCUCGUCGCUGUUCACCCGUUCCUGCUCUCUUCAAGGCGUUCAGCACAUUGCAGGAUAUGGAUCCUCACUGUAUUCAUGGAGUACUGCUUCUGGUUGAAAGAGAUCUGACUUUUCGGAUGGAGAAGCCACCAGCAGGACAGUUUGAACUUCUCACCUCCAUGAAAUCCCUCCAUAAGCACAUAGACAGCUCACAGCUGCCUCUAGAGCUGGAUGGGACCUUCCCAUACUGCCACCAGGACUGGCUAAACUUUCGCAGGAAGCUGGAAUACUUACAACAACGAUGCUAUGGAGUUUGUGCCUUCCUUCAGGAAUCUAUUAAUAAAGUGGAAUCUGCAAAAUUACCGGAAAAGGCUGAGGAUGCAGCUGUGUUACUGAGGAAUUCAAGGCAGUUGAUGAAGAGUAUUCUUGAAGAUGCGAGUUUGGUCAAGGUGCAGCAGGAGGGUGGAGCACUCCUGGCCAGACUGGGGAAGGAGGAGUCUUGUGUUACCCUUACCCAAGACUAUAGAGAUGCACUUGAUGCUGCCAGCGUGCUUUAUAAUCAAGUUGAUGAAGGUGUUCACCGACUGGUGAUGCUGUCAAACAAGCGCAUCCAGGAACUGGAGCUGGUGAUGGAGUUUGAGAAAGUGGAAGAGUGUUUUAAGGAGGUCAGCAGUUGGAUUGAGAAUGUUGGCAGUAUACGGCUAAAGGAAACUAUCAACCUGGAUGAUUCUUUGGAGAUGCUGCUUCAAGCGCAAAAGCAGUUCAAGGAGUUUGAUCUUGUUGCCAGUGAAUAUUGCAAAAGGGGACAGGAAGCAUUAAAGAAGAUGAAUCAAUGGGAAGACUUUUCCUUUGUGGAUGUGCAUUCUUACAGGGUAAAGCUGCAGACCUACGAAGAUCAGCUGGAGGAGUUCUGCACCCAGCUGGAUGAAACGAGGCACCGAGUCUGUGAAACAGUCAGGCUGUAUGAAUUCUUUGACAAGGCAUAUGAGUGGGCCUUGGAAGGGAUGCGACACCUUGCCUGUAUCAGCAUGGAGGACUGCAGCUCUGCUGAGCACUGUGCAGAUGUGAUCAAGUGCCUGGAGAGUUACAGGGGGCAGCACCCAGACAUCAGUGCUGCUCGCUUCCAGGAGAUGAAGGAGCUUGCCUGUGAGCUGAAGAGUGACAAGGGGCUCAAGCAGUGGAAAUUUGCAUGGUCUAAAUGCCAGGAGACCAAGCUGGUUUUUGAGAAGAAACUCGAAACAGCUUUGAGAACAAGGAAGUCUCUGCUGUCAGACCGCAACCCAGCUGUCGGGGAGCAGCCCCAAGCUGGCAUUGAAACUGGCACUCUGUCCCACCGGAGGCACUCUGAAGGGGCCACCUCCAGGUCCCACUGGGACAGGACUCAGAGCACAUCUCAUGGCUACAGCAGAACCAACAGCUCUCUGGAGUGGACUAAGGAGAAAGCUCCCUCACCCUCCCUGAGCUGCCCUGGUGAUUUCAGUGCUGGGGAAGUAUUUGUCUGCCAAGCUGCUCUCAGCCCUGGUCCUCACUCAAGCAGAAUUUCUUUCACCAGCAGGGCUUGUAAGUCUCCAACACUGCCUGAAGAAAAGCCAAACUUGGAGAGCAUAUUAGAAACCCCAGAGGUGAAGCAGUCUUCUACAUCCACUCCAGUCCCUGGGAAGCUCCCUCCCAGGAAGGUCCUCCGGAAAGCCCAAAGCUUUGACCUGCCUUGUGGUGAGAGCCUGUGGUCAAGCUGCCAGAGGAGCGAGCCGGCCAGAUAUGGCAACACUGGUGUCUUCAUUAAGGGGCUGGAGGUGAGCAGCACUGAGCUGGUGGACAGGACGUUCGCCCUGCGGCAGCCAGCUGUGAGCAGCUGGGCUGCAGACUGCCUGCUGGAGGGACAGAGGGGCUGCCUCUCCGGGUCAGAAGCCAAGAGCUGGGGCAGCAAACUGCGGCACAUCAUUGACGAGAUGGUAACCACGGAGCGGGAAUACGUGCGCUCGCUCCGGUACAUCAUCGACAGCUACUUCCCUGAGAUGGAGCGCCUCGACCUCCCCCAGGACCUGCGUGGGAAGCGCAGUGUCAUUUUUGGAAACCUGGAGAAACUCUAUGACUUCCACAGCCAGUACUUCCUUCGAGAGCUUGAGAGCUGCUGCAACCACCCACUGAGGGUCAGCCACUGCUUCCUCCGACACAAAGACCAGUUUGGAAUGUAUGCACUGUAUAGCAAGAACAAACCGAAGUCAGACUCACUGCUGGCCAGCCAUGGGAAUACCUUCUUCAAGUUCAAGCAGAUGCAGCUGGGGGAUAAGAUGGACCUGGCCUCCUACCUGCUGAAACCCAUCCAGAGGAUGAGCAAAUAUGCCCUGCUCCUGAAGGACCUGAUCAAGGAGUGCAGCGAGGCACAGGAGCAGGAACUGGGCUAUCUCCGUGCUGCUGAGGAGAUGGUGAAGUUUCAGCUCCGGCAUGGAAAUGACCUGCUGGCCAUGGAUGCCAUCCGUGACUGUGACGUAAACCUGAAGGAGCAGGGGCAGCUGGUGCGGCAGGAUGAGUUCACCAUCUGGCUGGGCCGUAGGAAGUGCCAGCGACACGUCUUCCUCUUUGAGGACCUCAUCCUCUUCAGCAAGCCCAAGAGGAUCGAGGGUGGCUUUGAUGUGUAUAUCUACAAGCGCUCCUUCAAGACUGCAGACAUUGGUCUGACGGAGAACUCUGGAGACAGCGGCCUGCGCUUUGAGAUCUGGUUCCGAAGGCGGAAGUCCAGUGACACCUACAUCCUCCAGGCCAGCUCAGCUGAGACUAAGCAGGCCUGGACCAGUGACAUUGCCAAGAUCCUGUGGCAGCAGGCAGCCCGCAAUAAAGGUGUGAUUCCUUCCUGGAAUUCCUUCUGUGCCGCAAAAGAAAUCCGUAUGCAGGAGAUGGUCUCCAUGGGUGUGGGUAACAAGCCGUUCCUGGAUAUCAAACCCAGUGAGGCAGCUAUUAAUGACCGUGCUAUCGAUUACAUCAUGAAAGGCAGAGGUGCCAGAACCAGAGCCUCAAUUGCAGUGUCUCUGUUUGACCAUUCCAACCCUUUCAAGAGGACACAGACUCAGCUCUCCACCAGCAGUACCCCCACUGCCUACACCCCUUCCUCCUCCUCCUCCCUGCUGGGGCCCCUCAACCUCCACAUGUACCUGGACCAGGCUCUGCUGCCAGGAGUCCUGGCCCCCAGACGCCCCUUUGACAUCGGCACUUGCAUUGAGGAAGAUGAGCUGGAGCAUGAGACGAGCAGCCAGCCCUCUAUGACAACAGAGAGCUCAGAGUCAUCCCACUGCAUGUCAGCCACGGGCUCCAGCGGCUCUGACAGUGGCUGUGUCUCCAGCGUCCCACAAGAAAGCUUCUGUGAAGACAUGGGCUCACCUCCCUACAUACCUGUAGGCCCACAGCACAGCUCUGCCAUGGAGGGCAGGCCCAGGUUCACAAACAGCCAGUACAUUUCUGCAGUAAGUGCAAGCAGCCAAAGCACUCUGUUCACUUUGCCUGCUCCUGCAACUGCCUCCCCAGUUCAAGCCACUGCCUCUCACAGGGGCACUGAAGAUGCUGCUUUUGGGCUUGGGGUGACUGUGGGGAAGUGA